GGGCAGAAGGGCAAGGUCCCGCCGCCCCUUUGCGCGGAAAGAUGGAAGUGAGGGAAAAGGAGGAAACCAGCAAUUCCUGUUUGGUCGCUCAUGAGUGACACAGCUGACCCCGUCAAUCCUGCGCUCUGAUCCAGCUGCAGACGGCGGGACGGACACCCAGACGCACGCACGCGUACGUAUUUAUAGGCCCGCUCCGUGCGGCUCGGUCUGCCCGAGGCCCCAAAGAUGCUGCUCAUCAUUGCGCUUUCACUCUUCUCCUUCCACACAUCUCUGAGCCUGAAAAUCUGCUCCUUCAAUGUGAAGUCUUUUGGAGAAGCAAAAAUAGCCAGGCAAGAAGUCAUCGAUGUCGUCGUAAAGGUCAUUUUGCGCUGUGACAUCAUGUUACUGAUGGAAAUAAAGGAAAACAACAACCGAAUAUGCCCCCUUCUGAUGGAGAGGCUGAACAGAUGGUCAAAAGGGCCAAAGGAAGAAUACAGCUAUGUGAUCAGCAAAAGGCUGGGAAGAAAGACCUACAAGGAGCAGUACGCGUUCAUCUACAGGCACAAUCUGGUGUCGGUGAAACAAAUCUACCAGUAUCCCGAUCUCCAGCCUGGGGACGAAGACGCCUUUUCCAGAGAGCCCUUCGUCGUCUGGUUCCUCUCCCCCAAAACUGCUGUCAAAGAGUUUGCUAUAAUCCCUCAGCACACCACACCAGAAACAGCAGUGCGGGAGAUCGAUGAGCUCUACGAUGUGUAUUUAGAUGUAAAGCAGCGCUGGAUGACUGAGAACUUCAUCUUCAUGGGGGACUUCAACGCUGGCUGCAGCUAUGUCCCAAAAAAGCAGUGGCAGAACAUCCGGCUGAGGACUCACCCUGAAUUUGUCUGGCUAAUCGGUGACAAAAAUGACACAACAGUUAAGAGAAGCACGAACUGCCCAUAUGACAGAAUCGUGGUCAGCGGGGAAGCGCUUGUCGGGGCCGUGGUGCCGCGCUCGGCGAACGUCUUCGAUUUUCAGAAGGUUUUUUGGCUCACUGAGGAGCAGGCGCUGGGCGUCAGCGACCACUUCCCCGUAGAGUUCGAGCUGAAAGCCACCAGCGGCACCUUCAGCUGGCAGAAGCCACCGUUUCCGAAGAAGAGGACGAGGAAGAACCGCCGCCGUUCGAGAGCAUCCUAAACCCUCGCGCGGGCGGCAAAAGCACAAGAAGGUCAACGCAUCUUUGUAAAAGAUUGACGUAGCUACACUCACAGCGAGCGCAAUGUUUCAGGGAAAAUCAAGUAUUUUGUUAAACUUUAACAUUUCAGGUAAGAAGGUGAAUUAAACCUUCAGAUUAUUUACUCACUGUAAGCACAGCAAAAAUCAACCAGCUAGAAGUAGUGUACUAGACUUAUCACACUGAUCGCAAAUGUAAAAAGAUAUAUAUAAAGGAUGUAACACUGUAAGACCAGAACGCUUUGGCAAGCUCUGCUGGUAGCGCAGGGCAGGGGCAGAGCCCCGGCGCGUCCACACCAGCUCUGGGCUUCUGCUGCUCCUCUUUAACGCCGAUGGGAGUAAAAGGCCCUUUCUGCCCCUCGCGCGCCUCCAACGCUUGUGCACGCCCCGCGAGCGAGGUGAGACACGUCUGCGGGACGGCCCGUGUUGGAGAGGCAGAGUCCACCCGCAGCAUGGAGCUCGGGAAAGGUGGACAGACAGGCGGACGGGCGGACAGGACGGUGCCUUUCCUGUGCUAAGGCAGCCGCGAGGCAAGAGCAGCAAAGCCUGUCCUGGCGCCCCGUCCCCCGGCCAGCUCCAGCCGUCCCACAAGCCGCAGCUGCGAAGUCCUGCAAACCUCCGGUGAAAGCGCUGCCAGCAGAGAGCAAGGUCACAGUUCAAAUUAAAAUCUGCUUUCAGCAGCCUGACAUGGAAGCGAGCUGCAUUCCCCCCCCCCCCCCAAAUACUUCAUGGCAGCCAAAAAUUCUCCAGUAAACCAGACUUUAAUAACGUAACAGAUUAUUUAACCUAAUGCUCUAGUGAUCUGUUUUCUCACAUCAGCCUGCACACUUUAUUUAGUGCAAAUCCUGUCAGACAAAAGACAUCUGAAAACUAUCAAUAAUCUGACAGUUAAUCAAGGCAAACAUCCAUCUUCCUUAGUCAACACCCCGCGUUGUGCCUAUGGCCGGAGAAGGGCAGGCUAGCAACAAAACGCUCUCUUAGGGGCAGAAAACAUCUCGGCUUCUGUGCACACUCACUCUCUGGGGAGACACUUUGAGGAAAAAAAAACUAAAUCUGCAGCAGAUGAUGCCAUGGGGAGGGAGGAGGCAUGGGAAAACAACAAAACUCCCCGUGUUCGGCAGAAAUUAACCUAAAAAUGAUACGACAUUUCACACGCUCCCUUGCUUACGCUUCAGUCGAGGCAGAAGGAAAGCCUCAUUUAGAACAAAUAUUUACACUGGGAUUUUUACAGCAAUGCCGCUGUCUGGCUGACAGCAGCAGCGUUUCAUGCAGAGGUGGACAGCGAGCACGGGCUCGGGCCUCACCUGGCCCCCGCAACCCGCGCUGUCCGGCUCGCAGGAAGAGGUAAUGCAUGGAAGAUUAAAUCUCACUCCAGGAAAGGACAGUGGAUAUAUUCAAUCAUAAAAAUUGUGUAAAUAUCACCAAGUGUGACUGGAAGAGUUAUAUCCUUAUUUGCGGCGUUGAGUGCAAUCCUCUACCUAGCAUUUGCAAAUGAGAGCCACAGCCGGCUGCUAGCGAGCGCAGCGGCUCCAGCCUCGGGCCCGGUGUCAGCAGCCAUCCGGCUGCCGGCACAGUUACCCACAGGGUGAGAACUGAAAGUGCAGAGAAACAUCUGAAUUCAAAGUGACGCCCCGGCACCGAGAGCUGGGGGUGCGCUUUUGGGGGACCCCGGACAGACGGAUGGACAGCGUCCGCCCUCGGUUCA